AUUGGUCGGUGUGAGGUGGGAGAAGCAAAGCCGAUCCUAUGAUCGACCUAGAACCAUUUUACUUUCUCUUAACAUCGAAUCCUAUUAGAAAACGACAUGAACAGUGUAUACAAGCUUUAGUGGUCUUUGAUUAAGUCUCGUUUUGGUCCCCACAGAGAUCUCUUUUGAAUACCCAGAAGGCUAGAAACUCUUACCAUGAUGGCUAACCAGCCCUGCAACAAUAAGAACAACAACAACAACGAUUCCAGCGAUUCUUCUUCAAUUAUCGCCACCACCGCUACCACACCUGGCAGCCCUUGGAAGAAACUAUCUGAAACUCAGAACAUUCUACUUCCGAUGGAUUCUGUCAUAGAUGCUUCGUCCUGGCCCGCGCUCUCUUCUAAGAGAAUUCCAUCUCCUGAGGUGGUAAUACCUGAAUCGUCGUCUCUCUCGGCAGCCAUAGAAAUCGCUGCCGGCAACGACAAUGCUAAUGAAUCUUCUGCAACUGUUGAUUCGAUGGUUUCAGUUUCUGUUUCCGUCUCUGUAUCUAUUGAUCGCUUCGCUCCUGGGUCGGAGCAGGAUAAAUUGAUUUCAUUGUCUUCACCGUCUACCCAAUCUACUCCAUCAUCAAGAGGGGCUCAUUCUAGGCCCGUUCAGAAUCAGUCUUCAAGACAAUAUGGCUAUGGCCAUAACCAAAAUCAUCAGCAUUAUUCUUCUGGCCGAGGUUCAAAUCAGAGAGGGAAUGGUUUCAAUGGCAAGGCAGGAAACAGAGGAGGAGAUGGAUUUUCAAAUCAGAAUUUUUCUAGGCGUCACCAACGUGGAUUCAACAAUUGGAGUCACAAUCGUGGUGGCCAUACUAGAUUGGUGAAUUCACAACAGAACAACCACCAUGGAUUUGGUAAUGGUCCAUCGGGGUUUCUUGGGCCACCACCGCCGCUACCACACACUUUCCCUCAUUCGACCCCAAUGGUUAACCCUACAUACGUCAAUGUCAAUGUAAACCAUCCACCAGUUCCAGCUCCUGGUCCUGGCUAUAUACUUCCAUUUGGAUAUUACGGUAAUCCAUACUUUUCAGAUGCUCCGAAUCCGUUGUAUUAUCCUCCAGUGCCUUCGGCACCUCUGCCAUCGCCUCCACCACCACCUCCACCAUCUUAUAUGGACGCAAGGACACCAACUAACAAUCAGCCUAUUUUGCCCAACCCAGAAGUUGGACUGUGCAAUACAAUACUCCAUCAAAUUGAGUAUUACUUCAGUAAGGAGAACUUGGUUAAGGAUGCUUACUUGAAGAGUUUAAUGGAUAAUGAAGGCUGGGUUCCUGUUCAUGUUAUUGCAGGGUUUAGAAGGGUUAAAGCCAUUACAAGUGAUUCGACACUGAUAGUGAGAGCAUUGCAACCUUCCGCUGUUGUAGAAGUACAAGGAAACAGGGUGCGUAAACGUGGAGACUGGAUGAACUGGGUACAGCAUUAUUCCCCGGCUGCUCAAAUAAGCUCUGUCACAGACAUUUCAACCAGCUUUCAAAACAUUCAGCUGGGUGAGAGUGCUGGAACUGAUGCACUCGUAGGGUGAUGAUUCGAACUGUCUACAUACACAUGAAGGGAUCUGAUGCAAGAUACAACUAAGGGGCUCAAUUUAAAAA